AUGCAGUCACCUACGGGCCCCUCUGCGGCCGCCGCCGCCGCUGCGUCGUCCUCGUCGUCCUCGUCGCCGCCCACGGUCUCUGCCCUCCACCUCGCACACGUCCCCGACGGAACCCCCGUUUUCUCCUGUGUCAAGUGCUCUGAAGUGCUCGCAUUGCAGGACGAACUUGUGUCCAAGGCGUUCAUGGGCCGUUCUGGGCGCGCAUAUCUAAUGAACUCGACGAUCAACACCAAUCUGGGCAAGAGGGAGGACAGAAAGCUCAUGACAGGCAAGCAUACUGUCGCUGACCUCCACUGCGCGGCAUGCAAUGCCGAGCUGGGUUGGAUGUAUAUCAAGGCCCCUAACGGUGAACAACGCUAUAAGGAAGGGCGAUACAUUCUCGAGGAAGCCCAAAUCGUCAAAGAGAACGGUUGGUAG